GUAAAUUGAAAAAUAAUACAAAUUUGGAUAAAUUAUUAAAGUCUUUUGUUCAGGCUCACAGAUUUUUGAUAAAACGGUAGCGAAAGAAAAGCAUGCAACUAGCCAAGGUUGGUGACAAUAAAAUGUUUCAGAAGCAAAAUAAAGGAAACUUAAAUUCUGCUUACCAAUGUUGUUGAUUAUUUGUCUUAUUUAUAAUGAAUGAUUGCGUUCUGUUUGGGCUUACAAGCAAAUUAUUAAACAUGAGAGCAUAAAAAUCCAAUCAUUUAAGAGUUGGGCUUUUUUCCGGUUCCAGUUUUCAGGUUGAGCUGAUCUCAAGCUCACAAAAUAUUCACCAUUUUUAUUCAAGGAAAUAGGAAGGAAAUAUCUCACCUUAACCUUAACUCUCACUUUUUCCUCUCACUGUUCGACUUGCAACAAGAUAAUCAUUUUCUUAAACUUAACCAUAUUAGUCAAAGAGCCUUGUUCAACAAUAGUCUUGUUUCUUUCUCCAUUUUCAUGCUUUGUUAUACUCAUCGUUAACCACCAAAAAAAAGUCUUUUUCAUCAACAACAGAGAUUGUCAUCAGGCUUGCUGAAUUGUGCGAUUACAAUUGAGUGUUAUCUAUGUUAGUGAUUUACUGAGUUACGGAUAACUCUUGAAUGACCAGCAACAUUGGAUCUAAAUCUUAUAUUGCAAGAGCAACAAAGAACUGGUGACUAAGCGAACACUCGCUUAACUCUUUGUGCGUCAUAAGUUUAUUUUUCUCUAGUUGUUUUUAUUUUUUGUUUAAUAUUUUUCAAAUUUUUUGUUUCAACUCAAAUUCAAUGAGACAAGACAAUCGAUCUUUGGCUUCUUCUGAUAGAGCUUCUAAUGGUAGUAGUGGAAAUGUUCACGAUGGAAAGAAUAAUGGUUUACAUGGGAUUGACAAUGUUUGCCUUAAUAUUGACUCAUAUUUAGAUGAUUUGGAACAUCCAAUGAACCCUAUCAAUCCUAUUAAAGGUUCACCAUCGUCAAUGGUUCGUCCAAGUGCUGCCUCAAAUAGUUUACCUUCAACAUCAACUGACUACAAGAAUUGGUCAAUGGUUAGUUAAUCAUCAAUGCGUCGACUUUCCAUGGAACAUAAUGAUAUUGUUAAAGAUAAACCAACCGAACCUUCAGAUGCUUUUCUUGCCUUUCCUUUUGAAUAUUCAUCUCACUCUAGCAACUCAAUUGUUCGGCUGGUUUGGCGUAAUCUUACUUACACUUCACCCAAAGCACCUAAAAAACCGCCACCAAGUUCAUCUCCAUCUUCAAAUGCAAUUCGCCGUGUUAUUUUGGAUAAACAAAAUGGUGAAAUAACUGGAGGCCAAUUAACUGCUAUAAUUGGUCCAUCAGGAGCAGGUAAAUCAACUCUUCUUGAAAGUUUAGCAGGUCGAAGGACCAAAGGUUUAAAAGGUUCAAUUGUCGUUGCCUAUGACCGUGAUGAUCUUGAAACAAGUGAAGAGAGUAGGUCCAUUGGAAUAUCAUUUAUUGGUCAAAAAGAUCAAUUGAUUGUUGAAUUGACUGUUAGAGAGACAUUAAUGUUUGCUUCAAGAUUAAAAAAUUACAAACGAAUACGCAACUCAUAUUAUCACCCUAGACUCGUUAAUUCAGUUCUGAAAGCUCUUAACUUGGAAGUUUGUGCAGAGGUUAGAGUUGGACGAGUUUCUGGAGGACAGUUGAAACGGGUAACUUUCGCAAUUGAAUUGAUUUCAGGACCAGAUAUUUUAAUGCUUGAUGAGCCCACUUCUGGUCUAGAUUCAUCUUCAACUUAUUCUUGUAUCUCUUUGUUGAGACAAUUGACCGAUCUCCGAAGAAAUGGUAACUAUUACAAACCACCAGCCAUUAUUUGCUCAAUCCAUCAACCCUCAGCAAGAGUUUUGAAUAUUUUUCAUCAAGUGUAUGUCCUCUCAUCCGAUGGUCGAUGUCUAUAUCAGGGAUCUCCGACCACACUUCUAAAUCAUCUUUCUCGUCAUGACCUAACUUGUCCACAAUUUCACAAUCCAGCCGAUUUCAUUAUUGAAAUUGCAUCGGGUGAUUAUGGUCUUGAGCCAAUCAAUAAAUUGGCCUUAUAUGAAUCAACCAAACAGAUGACAAUAAUCAAUGAUGAGAAAACAAUGUAUCUUUCGUGUCGUAAACUAAUAGUGCCCGGAUCAAGAGGUGAUCAAGAUAUGAUGAACGAUGAAAUUGAUUCAAUGGAAGGUGGAUUAGGAAUGAUAAAUGGUGCCACCAAUGAGAAAAGGGUCAAAGUAACGCGAGUUGUUGAUAAAAUGAAGAGCCGAAAGUUUCCCGUUUUCUCGCACUUUAUGAUUCUCUUAACGCGAACAUAUUUAACUACAAUUCGUGAUCCAAAAUUAACAUGGUUUCGAAUAGGGCAAGCUAUUUUCAUAGGACUGUUAAUGUCCUACCUUUAUGACCAUCCAAUCGGAGAAGCUGAUGGCUGCCUGUCCUUAUCACCCAAUUCAACGGAUAUUAAUCUCGAUGUAGGAGCUGUGCUAGCUGCUACUCAAGACAAUGUUGCUUUCAUAUUUUUCAUUACUCUUUUUACUGUUAUGGCCUGCAUGAUGCCGACUGUGUUGACCUUUCCUGCCGAGGUGGCUGUUCACAUUCAAGAGCGAAAUAAUGGCUGGUAUUCAUGUUGGACUUACUAUUGGACCAAAAUAAUUGCUGAUACACCUUACCAAAUUGUAAUAACAACCCUUUUCUGUUCAAUUGUUUAUCCAAUGACUGGACAAAUUUGGGACGAAUGGAGAUUCGCUUUGUUUAUAUUCAUCUCUAUCCUUGUUUCUAAUAUCGCUCAAACGGUUGGAAUGCUUUUUGGUACCAUUUACGUUAGAAGUGUACAAAAUGCUGUUUUCAUGGCACCUCUUUCAAUGGCACCUGUUUUCCUGUUGAGUGGAUUUUUUGGGAAAAUAGCAAAGGUUCCGCUUGCAUUGAAGCCAAUUGCUACAAUAUCAUAUGUUCGUUACGCCUUUGAAGCUUUCCUUAUUGUUUUGUAUGGUUAUGAUCGUUGUCCUCCACUUAAUGUUACCCUUGCCUCAUUAGCGUCAAAUCCAUCGUCUUCUUCAUCACCAACUUACACACUCGCCUAUGCUGCUCAAGAUCUUCACUUUUCAACUGAAUUACCUCCAGUUGAUUAUGAAGACGAAAAUUUAUCAACAUCUCCUGGAGAUUACUCAAGUGAACCUGAUGGAUCAUCAGCUGGACCAUCAUCUUAUUUAUAUGAUAGUUUGCCCAAAAUUUGGUCCGGAUUUUACAACCCUCUUGAUUAUUUACGACUUGCUGCUGAACUACCUUCUUCAUCGGAAUCACUUUCAUCCGAAGAAUCAAUUUCUUCAUCCUUAAUUCUCAAACAUUUUGACCUUAAAGACGAGUAUUUGUGGCAAAAUAUUGCCAUCUUAAUUGCUAGUUUAACUUUUCUUCGUUUAUUAGCUUAUUUCAUUUUAAUGUAUAAAACCAAUGAAAGAAGAUAGAUUAAUAAUGAUUAGCUAAAACCUGAAAUCUUGGAUGAUAUAUUAAAUCAGUGAUUUUUCAGCUGAUAAAUUCUGUAUCGAUAGUUCGAUUGUUAACAAAGACAAUCAAUGAUCAUCAUCAAUUAUUAUUUUUAUAACUAAUUAUUGAAAUACACAAAAGUGGAUGUUUAUAUUAUUAUUGUAAUGAUGCUGAUUUCAAUUUUCUUGAAUUUCUCAAGGAUUUCUAUCAAACUUCUAAGAAUUUUAUAAAAAAGCAAUGAACAAAUUACGACAAAUUUAAUGCCUUUUCCCGGUUUUUUAAUCAGUAAAACCAACAUUACACUUUCACACUCAAUCUUUUGUUAUUAUUCAACACCAAAUUGUCAU